UAUACACACUCACAUACAUAUAUAUAUGACUUAUCGGCUGACACGAACAUAACGGCAGGGCUUACUUUUUUCAAAUUAAACAGCCCUCCUCUCUGAAAUAGAAAUAUUUCAAAUAAAACGUUCACCUUUAUCAGGUUUCCUCCUCUCUCACAUCAUCAUCUUUGCAGCAUUGCGGCGUGCUUGCUGCUGCUGCUACUGCUACUGCUGCCGCCAGAGUCUGUUUAUUGUGGAGUCAGUGCUUGCUCUCUUCUUCAUUGACGUUCAAUAACAAUUUUAUUUCCUCUCUUCCCAUCUCUCUCUCUCUGUCUAUUUAUCUAUCUAUCUACCUCCUGUUUCCCUACCUAUUCGUUUUGGGGCUUCUCCGACUGGAUUGGACUACACUGGAGUGGACAAAAUUAUGCUCUCAGUGGUCAUUAAUCUACACCAUUUCAGAUGGAUUGUUCCCGGCUUCGUGAUUGUGGGGACGGCACCCUGUUAUCUGGCCAUCUGGGGAGCAUGGAGGGCCCUAAGUGCGGCCUUACCGCAUCGCAUCUACCAGAUUGGCGAUGACACAAUGUGGGGCAUAUACCAGCGGCUGGUCUUGUUUUUCUUCGAGACUUACUCAGGUACCGAGCUUCAUCUCUAUGGUGAUGUGGAUGCACUCUUUAGUAAACCCGAAAACAUCAUCUAUAUAUCUAACCACCAGAGUACUGUCGACUGGAUUGUCACCAAUAUGUUGGCCGUACGUCAAGGAAUGAUCGGCCACAUACGAUAUAUUCUCAAGGACAGCCUAAAGUUCCUGCCAAUGUAUGGAUUCUACUUCAGACAGCAUGGAUGUAUUUACGUAAAAAGAGACGGCAAGUUCUCCAAAAACCAACACACCAUAGAACGUGUUCUAAACCGGUUGAAAAAUGAAAAUACACCUGUGUGGAUGGUUGUCUUCCCCGAAGGAACUCGCUUCAAUCCUUGUAAACAGGAUGUUAUUCAGAAGAGCAAAGAAUUUGCUAAGGAACGAGGUCUUCAUCCUUAUGAAUAUGUUCUGACACCAAGAAUGAGGGGUUUUAAGACAGGCAUCGAUCACCUGCGGGACCACGUGGAUGCAGUCUAUGACAUCACCAUUGGCUAUGGCAACACUAUUGACCCCAACACGGGGCUGCGACAGAGAGCACCUGGGAUGCAGAAUUUUUUAUCAGAGAAGAAACCAGAAGUUCACAUUCACAUCAAUAGAAUCAACAUUGAGGAUAUUCCUCGCUCAGAAGACUCUUUUAAAACAUGGAUGUACAACCAAUUUAAAGCGAAAGACAUGUAAGAAGCCCUAAAUAUUUCUUCUUCU